AUUAGCCUCAAUGAUCUUUAGAAGUACAUCACGGAUAAAAUUCUGCAUUCUACUUCUUCGAAUGGUAAUAGUAUUGGAUCUGCGGCUAGGAAGAGCCCUUGUGUUUUCGCAUGGCGAUCUUAUUUCAGAUGGGGGUUCAAGCUCGUGUCACAGGAUUUGGAAAGGAUUGUCAGACAUCGAUUGGUUCGUUAUUGAAGAAGAAGUACGUGCUUGGAUUUAAGCAUGUUGUCGGGGUCUCUAAAAAGAGGGGACUGUUUCAAUCCUUAAGGGGAAGAAAUUUGAGAAUUUGCUUCCAGAGAGUCGCUUCUACAGUCGUGGAAAAAGAUGUAAUAGAGUGGCAAAAUGCCGAUUGCAGUGCUGAACAGUUGAGCAUUGUGAUGGAAUUUGGUGGUUCUUCAGUAGCAACCGCUGAGAGGAUGAGGGAGGUUGCAAAUCUCAUUCUUAGUUGUCCGGAUGAAAAGCCAGUGAUUGUUCUCUCUGCUAUGGGAAAAACAACUAACAAACUUUUGCAGGCAGGGGAGAAGGCAGCGAGCUGUGGUGUGUCUAAUGUAUCUGGAAUCGAUGAGCUUAGGUUUAUAAAAGAUUUACAUCUAAAGACAAUGAAUGAAUUGGGAAUAGAUAAGGCAGUCAUAUCAGGUUUAUUGGAAGAACUAGAGCAACUUCUGAAAGGUAUUGCUGUGAUGAAAGAGUUUACAGUUCGUACAAGAGACUAUUUAGUUUCGUUUGGAGAGUGCAUGUCCACAAGAAUUUUUGCAGAAUAUUUAAAUAAAAUCGGUACUAAGGCAAGGCAGUAUGAUGCAUUUGAUAUCGGUUUUAUGACUACAGACGAUUUCACAAAAGCAGACAUCUUGGAAGAAACUUAUCCAACUAUUGCAAAGAGAUUGCGUGAAGAUUGGUCAAGUAGUCACGCAAUCCCUAUUAUUACUGGUUUUCUUGAAAAGAGCUGCAAAUCCUCUGCAGUGACUACAUUAGGAAGGGGUGGUAGUGACCUGACGGCCACUACUAUUGGUAAAGCACUUGGCUUAAAAGAAAUUCAGGUUUGGAAAGAUGUUGACGGUGUUUUGACAUGUGAUCCAAAUAUUCAUCCUCAAGCAGAGCUUGUGCCGUAUUUAACGUUUGAAGAGGCUGCUGAACUAGCAUAUUUUGGAGCUCAGGUUUUGCAUCCCCAAUCCAUUCGACCUGCUAGAGAAAGUGCUAUACCAGUCCGAAUCAGAAAUUCAUACAAUCCACACUCUCCUGGUACCCUCAUCACCAAAGAAAGAGAUAUGAGUAAGGCUGUUUUAACAAGCAUUGCUUUGAAGUCAAGCAUUACCAUUCUAGAUAUUGCAAGCACUCAAAUGCUUGGCAAAUAUGGUUUCUUAGCAAAGGUCUUCUCUAUAUUUCAGGAUUGGCACAUUUCUGUUGAUUGCGUCGCUACCAGUGAAGCGAGCAUCUCUUUGACAUUAGAUCCAUCUAAACUGUGUAGCAGAGAACUAAUUCAACAGGAGCUUGAUCAUAUAGUUGAAGAGCUUGAAAAGAUUGCAGUGGUUAAACUUCUCCAGAAUAGAUCUAUAAUCUCCCUUAUUGGAAAUUUACACCGUUCAUCAUUGGUUCUAGAAAAGGCGUUCAAUGUUCUACGAAGAAAGGGAGUCAACGCUCAGAUGAUUUCUCAAGGUGCGUCUAAGGUGAACAUUUCCAUUGUAGUUCACGACAGCGAAGCCAAAGAAUGCGUCAGAGCCCUCCAUUAUGCUUUCUUUGAAAACACUAAUGCCUUCAACCAUGAAUCCAGUUUAGAAACAAAUUGAGUUUUCCAAUUUUUAGUGAUUGUAAUAAGAUGCUCCAUAACUUUGGCAAGUAACAUGGUUUUUAAUAUUUGUUAGCC